AUGGACAAUCCGAGUUCCAAUGGCGGCAGUGGCUACGACUGGCGCGAUGACAGCUAUCUCGACUUCCUCGAUGAUCUGCCCGAGCUCGAGGGCGGCGACUACGGCUAUGCGAUCAUCUGUAGCCUUCCUCCACUAGAGGACAUCUCCCAUUCCCCUUCCGACGAGGCAUCGAACCGUGUCCACGCGAAAGACACUCCUGAGGAAGGGCUGGCUGUCCAGAGGGCACCGAAGAGAUAUCGAUCGCCGGCUGGUCUACACGCCACACCACCAUCGAACCGUGUUCCCGAGAAAGACAACCUCAACGAUGAGCUGGCUGUCCAAAGAGCACCGAAGAGAUAUCGAUUGCCGGAUGGCCUACACGCCACCCCACCAUCGAGCAGCGCCGCGCCGUCUGGGCGGACUCCUAUAGUCGCUGGCCUCACGGGAAGUGAUACCCAGUACGAUGGCAGUGCUGGUGGUGUCUCAACUGGGCCCUCGUCUAUUGGCAUGUCUGUCCCUGUCAAUGGCGGUCGUCCAGGGGGGCUUGGGAUUGUAGCCAGUGCCGGAGGCGAACCUCGAAAGCGUUGCUUGGCUUGUGUCUCCAGUGGCAAUCAGGAGUGCGGUACGAAGCUCGUCAGCUUCAAAAUAUGCGACUCUUGUCGGGCAUGGAACUCGCUGUAUCCCGACCGCACCAGGUUAUGCGUCUACUUCAAGAUACCUGACAUUCUGUUGUUCAGAGAAGGACCAACUGACACAUAUCUCUGGACCAAGAGGUUCCUCGAGGCGAGACUCGAUGACAUCUCAACGUGGCAAACGUCAGAAAGCUACCCCGUGUGGUUAACCCAACGUGUUGGGACUUCGAAGAUUCAGGUAUCCGCGAGAAUGCUCUUGCCGGACGCCACCGACGUCCUCAGCUACACAUGGUCAACGUCGGAAGGCAAACGCACACUGCGUUGUCCGCCGUACGCCCUCGGCAACAUGCAGGCCGUACUGGGCGAGCUCAAACGCCAUAUCGAAGCAAAUGAGGCCCGGCACUUGGCAGAGUCCACCAGUCGUCGUCCUUUGCUGAUUCAUCGGACUUUUCUCAUAGUGAUGCACGCUAUGGACAAUCCAAAGCGAUCACUGAACGAGAGACUACUUCUACGCAAUGUCAUGCAGUUCUGGACGGCGAGUCGAUUAAUUGAGAAGCAAUGGUAUGCCACUGGCUUGGAGCAACUGGGUCACUCUGUGGAAAGCUUCCAUCUCCUUUGGUCGCCAGAGAGCCCCUACGGCGGCAGGGUUCCAAUUUCCCCUAUCAUGGCUACCCAGUUUGAUACACUUGUCAUCAAGUUCAUUCUGGAGCCCCUCAAGCUGUUUAUACAAGCAGACCUCCAGAAGCUUGUCGAUAACCCGGAUUUGAAGAGUUGGUUCACUGUCUUCCUCUGCUGUUUUGUUCUGCUAAACAGUUACGACGAGGCGACCGUGCAUGAUUGGGAAUUUGCGAGACGCUAUUCGCUUGAUACGCCAUUCUCGAAUUAUCCCAUGCUCGCUCAAUUUCAUGCUGGAGCAAAGACCCUGUUGACCUACUUUCACCAUGGAUGCAAAGAGCACGUUCCAUACACCAUUGACUGGUCCGACCAGCUCGACGUAGACCGGGCGAAUCUGGACUCUGUCGAGCUGGAGUACGUGAAGAACCUCCCAUUAUGGAUGGAAAACCAAGAGACGCUCAGGGGUAUCAGGCAGAACAAGAAGUAUGAGUCAGGUUUCUACUUCACUAUGCAGCUCUUCGAGUCAGAAUGGACGCCAACAGUGUCCCUGUGA